AUGACAUUUGAUAUCAUUGAGGCAGGAAUAAUCAGAUUGAUAUUUGGUCACACACUUAAUUUGGUUAUUCUCUUUUAUUCAGGAUGCUCAGCUUCCAAUUCAUUAAGAUUUUUGGUGGUUGGGGAUUGGGGAGGUCUUCCAUUCUUCCCAUACACAACACCAGCUGAAGUUGGCACGGCCUACCAGAUGGGACAACACGCCCAGAAAUCUAAACCAGACUUCAUCCUUGGUCUUGGUGAUAACUUCUAUUUUCAUGGUGUUCAAGAUGUGAAUGAUCCACGAUUUAAGGAGAGCUUUGAAAAUAUAUACCAAGAUAAAUCUCUACACGUACCGUGGUAUCUUAUAGCUGGUAAUCACGACCAUUAUGGUAAUGUCUCCGCUGAAAUUAUCUACUCUCAAUAUUCACAGAGAUGGAAUUUUCCCGACUUCUAUUAUCCUCUAUCAUUUAAAAUUCCUGGAAGUAAUGCCAGUGUUGAUAUAUUGAUGUUGGACACCGUUCAGUUGUGUGGCAAUACAGAACCAGAUUAUGAACACUCACAACCAAAACAACCAGAUAAUCUUCAAGCUUCAGAACAGCAAUGGAAGUGGUUAGAACAGGCUUUACAGAAGAGCAAUGCUACAUAUCUGCUGGUAGCUGGUCAUUUUCCAGUAUAUUCUAUAGCAGAACAUGGUCCAACACAAUGUUUAGUUGAUAGAUUAUUACCAAUGUUAUAUCAAUAUAAAGUUACAGCUUAUAUGUGUGGUCAUGAUCAUAAUUUACAGGUAGAAACGAAGAACAAUAGAACUGUGAAUUUCUUCCUCUCUGGGGCUGGUAACUUUAUAGAAAAUAAUAAAUCCCAUGCUUCUGAUGUACCUGCUGGUGUGUCCAAGUUCUUCUGGGCAGACGUUAUAUCUUUUGGAGGAUUUGGAUAUGUGGAUAUAUCGCAAAGUAAUAUGACCUAUUCCUUUAUAGAAGGCAACGGUAAACUCUUAUAUAAUACAACUGUUUCACCGCGAAAAUUGUGA